AUGGGGAAGAAAGUGAAGAAAGAGAGUGAGCCUCCUUCUAAGGAUGUGUUUGACCCCCUACCGAUUGAAAGUAAGAAAGCAGCCACUGUUGUCCUCAUGCUCAAUUCCCCCGAAGAGGAGGUUUUGGUUAAAGCUUGCGAAGCCAUCCACAAAUUUGCAGAGAAAGGUGAUGAGAACAGGAGUUCUCUGCUGGGGCUAGGGGCGGUGGAGCCUCUGUCUCACCUCAUCUCCCACGAAGACAAGCUAGUCCGCCGCAACGCUUUCAUGGCCCUGGGAGUCAUGGCUGCCAACAGCGAUGUAAAAAGACUUCUGAAGAAACUGAAUGCCAUUCCUUCUAUCAUCGGAAAGCUGUCACCUGAAGAGGAUGUUGUGGUCCAUGAGUUUGCCACACUGUGUCUGGCCUCCCUGUCGGUGGACUUCAGCUGUAAGGUCCAGAUCUCGGACCAGGAGGGACUAGAGCCGCUUAUACAGCUUCUGUCCAGCCCUGACCCUGAUGUCAAGAAGAACUCCGUGGAGACUAUCUGCAACCUGGUGCAGGAUCUCCCCAGCCGUGUGGCAGUGCGUGAGCUAAAUGGCGUCCCCCCGCUCCUGGAGCUGUUGAGAUCUGAGUUCCCGGUCAUCCAGCAAUUAUCCCUGAGGACGCUGGUGAUCGUAACCACGGAUACCGACACACGAGCCACCUUCAGGGAGGAGCAGGGCUUUGACAGGCUGCUGGAGUUCCUCUGCAACAAGGAGUUCAGUGAUCUGCAUGUAGAAGCCCUACAGGUGUUGUCUAACUGUCUGGAGGACAGAGACAGUCUCCAGCUGAUCCAUGAGACUGGAGGUCUCCAGAGGUUACUACAGUUCAUCACCACUCCCACCCUGCUGGACAUACAGACAAACGCUGUCAAGGCCAUCUACAGGGUGGCUCAGAGCUCAGAGAACCGCAAGCUGCUCCAUGAGCAGGACAUCGAGCGGUCUCUGGUGGAGCUGCUGUCUCUAGAGGGUGAUAGUUUGAGGACUGCUACCUGUCAGGCUGUCGCUGCCAUGAGUCUACACCUGGCCAGCAAAGACGCUUUCAGAGACCUGGACGGUAUCCGUGCGGUGGUGCAGCUGCUUGGUAGUGAGGGGGGCGAGGUGAGAGAGGCAGCAGCCCAGGCCCUGUCUAGCCUUACAAGCAGCAACCAGCUCAACUCAUAUGCUGUCUAUGAGGCUGAGGGAGAUGAGGGCUUGGUUCAGCAGCUCCAUGACGUUAUUCCCGGUGCGGUGGCUCACGCUGCGGCUGUCCUCACCAAUAUGGCUGAACAGGAAGUCCUCCGCUGCAGCAUCCUGUCCCACGGGGCCAUGGCUGCCCUCCUGGAGCCGCUGCAGUCUGCGGACACACACACCCUGGUCCGAGCCACGCAGGCCCUCGCCGCUCUCGCCUGCGAUGCUGAGGGACGGGCAGACCUGAGGAAUGCGGGAGGCCUAGUUCCAUUGGUCCAGCUGCUACGGUCCAAUCACAAGGAGGUACGCCGCAAUGCAUGCUGGGCCAUCACCGUGUGUGCCAACGAUGAGCCCACUGCCGUGGAGAUGUGCAAGCUGGGGGCCCUAGACUUGUUGCAGGAGAUCAACAGCUCAGCUAACCGUAGGAAUAAGUUCAGUGAGAUUGCUCUACAGAGACUGCUGGACUCCAACCUGUCUCUCAAAUACAGCCUGACCAACACACUGGCCCCCACAGACAUCACUGUGGACGGCUUCUACGACCCCGGACAGGCUCGUUCUGGCCAGAGGGUGUUGACUCUAGAGGAUCUGUCUAAACAGCCAGUUAACCAGCGACGGCCUGUCAUUGCUAUUAACGCCAAACCCCUCGACACGGUGUCAGUCGAUCAGUCAGAGGAGAGACAACAGGACAGCCCCACCGAGACUCGCACUGCAUCUGUACUCAGCAGCAAGGGCUCCACCAGGACUCCCAGCAAAGGGAAGAGUAAAGGGCGGAAGGAGGACGAGAAACUGAGAGAUGAGGAUGAGAGUAAGCCCCAGCAGGAGGUAGCCACGGUAACAGAGAAGCCGUGGAUGCUUCCGUAUGAUGCUGCGUUCCACGCCCUGGUUACCGAGGCCACCAAGACCAUCCUCCCGCUGCACGCGGAGAGUGAGCAGUACAGCGCCUUAGCCAGGCUGGUGAGUGAGGUGAUGGGCGGGGCGGUGGAGGUGGACAGACAGCAUGACUUCCUGUGGGAGCUCCACCUCAGUGAGCUGCGCUACGAACUACAGUCCAACAUCAUCCCCAUCGGACAGAUACGCAAGGGAACCUACUACCACAGGGCUCUGCUUUAUAAGGUGUUGGCUGACCGUAUAGGUGUGAGUUGUAGCCUGGUGAGGGGGGAGUAUAACCGGGUGUGGAAUGAGGUCCUCCUCUCAGUUGGGACGCCCUACUAUCCAGGGUGCCAGCCCCAGCCCAGAGCUCACCUGGUGGACCUCAUACACCAGCCUGGCAGGCUGCUGAGAGCCAAUACACCCCAGGCCAAACAAUACCAGACUAUAUAACCACACAUUAAAAUACACUUUAUAACUACACCAUACCAGACUAUAUAACCACACGUUAAAAUACACUUUAUAACUACACCAUACCAGACCCUGGGAGGCUGCUAAGGUCCACCACACAACCCCAAGUUAUACAAUGCCAGACUGUCCUUUAUAAACAACACCAGACCUUAUAAACUGUCUGAACUAGACUGUAUGGCUAUCCCAUUCUUUCUUUAUGCUGAGUGAUUUUACCCAGAAGACACUGUUACCAUUUAAAGUAUCACAUAGAUUUCUGAUUCUCAGCGUCUGACGUUAGUAAAGUUGGGUAAUGUCUUGUCAACAAAACAUAGAUGAUGUUGAAACAUCUGUGAUUAUUGGCCAAAAUACAUUAGAAUUUUGUUGUGAAUGUUGUGCAUUCACCUUUUGACAUGGUUCCAUAGUGUUGUAGGAUGGGGAGUAGCACAAGGUCAGAUUGGCCACUGAUCAACCAGUCAAGUCCCUCUGCAGGCAGGGAGUGCUCAUCGGUUGUUUCAACUCCAACUGAGUUCAAAACUAUUGAAAAAUAUAUAAUUUAGCUUCUAAGUUCAUGUAGUCGUAAGGGGUUUGAGGCAUAGUAAUGUGAAUGACUCUUUUGAGAUAUCCACCCCCCCCCCACAAAUCUUGAAUUUGGCUACUAUUUAUUCCCUCUGUUGGAAAUAAGACAAUUACUCUAAUUUCAGUAGUAAUUGUUGCAGACUAUUUCAUGUCUUGUGACUGCUCAACAUUUUUACAAAAUAUCAUUAAUCAUUUUUGAUUGGUUAGAUUUGGAUCUUUAGUAUGAGACAUGUACAGUAUUUCACAGAACCAUCCUGUCCAACAACAAAAUAAGGGAUUGGCCUCUAACUCUCAGUCGAUGUUCCUUAUCAACUCUGACCUAUAUAAUAUAUCAUCUAGUAAGGGCAUUUGUCGCGUUCAAGACAACUGGCAACUCAGGGGGGGGGGAAAAAGUAGAUCAGA